AUCGGGCCUAAUCCAGGAAGUAGAAAAACAUCAACAAUCCUUCCAGGUUGGGCGAAGCGUUGGGGUAGGUUUUAGCGAGGUGGCCUUUCCAGAGCCUUUGUUUCUCCUACGCUCUGCUUUAUUUAGCCAUUUUUACAGCGAGGGUCCUGUAGCAGCUUAGACAUGUCGUUGUUCGGCAAGAUAUUUGGAGGAGGUGGAAAAGGGGGAAAGGGACCGAGCGCACAGGAGGCGAUCCAGAAACUCCGUGAGACGGAGGAGAUGCUAACGAAGAAACAGGAAUUUUUGGAGAAAAAGAUCGAGCAGGAGCUGCAGAUCGCCAAGAAAAACGGCACGAAAAACAAGAGAGCGGCGCUGCAGGCUUUGAAAAGAAAGAAGCGGUACGAGAAGCAGCUGGCCCAGAUCGACGGCACGCUGUCAACCAUCGAGUUCCAGAGGGAGGCGCUGGAAAACGCCAACACCAACACGGAAGUGCUCAAAAACAUGGGCUUCGCCGCCAAGGCCAUGAAGUCCGCCCAUGAAAACAUGGACAUCGACAAGGUGGACGACCUGAUGCAGGACAUUACCGAGCAGCAGGAGCUGGCUCAGGAAAUCUCCGACGCCAUUUCUAAACCCGUUGGGUUCGGAGAGGAGUUUGACGAGGAUGAGCUGCUGGCGGAGCUGGACGAGUUGGAACAGGAGGAGCUGGACAAAAACCUGCUGGAGAUUGGUGGACCGGAGAACGCGCCCCUCCCCAACGUGCCUUCUACUUCAUUACCCUCUAAACCUGCUAAGAAAGAAGAAGACGAGGACGACAUGGAGGACCUGCAGCGCUGGGCGGAAGCGAUGUAAACGCAGCAUCCCGUCACAUCGAACCUGCGUCUGAUUGAGGGGGAAGAGGAAGGAAC